GUUCCAGCCUGCAGGAAGACGGGAAGUUUUAAUAAUGCAGCAAGGUGGGAUUUUGGAUGCAGCAAGCACUCGGGCUGCCGCCGGGGCAGGAAGGAGGCUGAGUUGGGGAGCGUGGCACUGACGGCAGCGGGAUCACUGCAGGGCUGCGUGCCGCUCCCCGCACCGCGGCCCCGCAACUGGAUUCCUCUUAUUUUUUUCCCUAUUACCUCUUUUUAUUUUUUUUAUUUUCCAUCCACCCUAAAAAUAUAUAUAUAUUUUUUGAAAAAUUAAUUAUUAUCACUAAUAGGGGGCGGGGCGGCCAUGCCCGUCCCCAGGGCUGGGGAGUCCCCACAGGGGAUCGGGGCCCGCCGGGAACCGGGCUCCUCUGCCCUCCCUCUCCCUACCCGCCACCUCGCCAGCCCCCGUGCUCCGCUUCUCCCCCCUCCUUCCCCGGCUGUGGCAAAUCCUGCACCGCAAGAGAUCCGCUGGGCAUAGGGAGGGGAUCUCUCUGUUGUUGUUGGUUUUUUUUCCUCUCCUCUUCCCCCCACCCCCCUCCCUGCCCUCCACUUGAGACCUGAGGAAAUCCAGCCCAAGUUCUCUGCGAUGACUGUGCUGCUGGCAUCGGGGUUUCUCCGCGGCAUCCCUGCCUCCGGAGCGCCACGCCGCUGCUUGCUCUGAAUCCUCGGCGCUGGGUGAAAGCUUAAUUCUCAUGCCGUGGUUGCUGGGCUGCCGCUUUCCUGCAUUUUGUGAUGGGAGGUGCAGGAGAAGGGAUUGUCCAUGAGUCAACGCUGAAAAUGUGAUUAGGAGGAACUGCUUUCACUAAUUUUUGUCUAACCUUUUAGUCCAUGUUGGCCUGUGACCCCUUGCAGCUUUCAGAUCAAGUCUGAUUAGGUAAGUGUGAAUUAUUCACUCGGGGCGAGGGAAGGUGGAUGGAAGCGUUUUACUCAGGCACUUAGCAAUGGUCCUGGUCCCUCUCCCGAUGAGAAAUGAUGAGAAAGUUGGGCUGUAAACUAAUGGCGAGCAGAGCGACACUUGUUUACUUGUUGCAGUCUGUCGGUGCAAGCUGUCUGCAGUCUGUCUGAUCCCCAGGAUCAUCGCCUGGGAGUUGCUGUGGGACAGCUCGGAUGGCCACAGGCUGUGGGAAACACUGUGCUCUUAUUUAUGAGCUUCAGAGAACUUUUGGUUUUUAAUUUGGAGAGCUCCCUCCUCAAACUUCGGCACCUUCUCUCCAUUGUUUCAUGUUUCCCCAGACAUGAAUUACUUCAUUUGCUCCUGCUGUGUUGUGUUUGUUUUGUUGUUGUUGUUUUUUCCUAAAUACCCACCAAUCUGCAGUAUUGCAACCUACCUGUAGCAUUUAGGUGGGCAUCUGCUCUGGAGCUGGGUGAAGCAGCACAAACCUCCCAAUUCCCAAACAGCACGUUGCGAUAUGUGCUGCUGGCAGGUGUAAGAGGGUGCCCGGUCCUUGCACUGGGAAUGCAGCUAGCACUUCAAUUAAGAAGAUAUCUUUUGAGUUUGAUAAAGCUUGUGUAAUAUCCGGUGUCUCCCUCUGUUGUGGCUUUGGAAAAACUGCUUUGUCAACAGGAUCCCACAGCUGCUUCUCCUGGAGUAAAGCUUGCUGCAGAUGCUUUCCUUCAGCUAAGGAGUUAAUUGCUCAACAUCUGCAGCCCGUCCAAAAUCCUAGAGCUGAAGGAAUACCCCCUGGGGGUGGAGGGAGGCAUGUUUAACUGUGUGUAGGCGAUGCACGUUGUGCAUUGUGCGUCUGCCUGCCCGCAUGCUGAGGAAGGAGGAUGAGAAGCAGUGACACGCACACCCAAACAAGCUGCGGUUGGUGAGUGCUUCACCUCAUCAAUCCGGAGCUAACAUCUUAUCUCCCUGAAAAGUUGGCUGCAGCACUUUGCCUGGUCCUCCGUGGAGAGGUCAGAACCCACCGCACAGCUGCUGCUUGCGGGGCCGGGUGGUGAUGUGGCAUGGCAGGCAGCCAAUCGCGCGCCCAAGGACACACGGAGACUCACUCAGAGCUCACCCGCGGGGCCAGGUGAAGCUUCUGCCUCUCCGGAGCCAAGCACGGCAAGGUCGGGCUGCGCUGCGGUGCUCCUGAAGUUUUAGUGAGGUUCCAGCCACAAUUCGGCAGCUCUGCACGUCGUACAGGCACUUAGCAUCCUGCUCUUAGCAUUUCUCCAUGAGAAGCACCAGAAUGCUGAGAAGAAUCGCAUCGUGUGUUUGGUCAGGAUCAUACAGAUCUGCUGCUGGCAGCCCGGGCAGCCCUUCUUCCUAAACACUGCAUGUGAAACUCUACUGCUCCACCCCUCAUGCACUGAGUACAAUCCCGCUCCAUCUUCUAUGCUGGACACAGGUCUGCCUGCAGAGUAUGCUUCCCUCGUUCUUCAGCCCCUCUCUGUUUGAUGAAGAGGGCUGUGUGCCACAUGUAGCACGGAGGGACAGUGGCCACAGCUGGAGGUAAAGGCCGCACUUAAGCUGGGGUUCGGAUCCCUCUGAGCUGUCCAUCCCCAUGUGUCUCCAGGCAGCUGCUCUAAUUUCUGGUGCAACAGAAAACUCAGCACAUGAAGGAAAUAAAAAUGAGGUGAUUCUCUGAGCCCCCAUUUGUAUAGAGAUGUUUUGUAGGCAUACACUUACAGAAGUGUGUCUAAUUUAUAUAUUUCAUGUGCUUUAUUCUCAUUACGAAUAACUCAGGAGAGGCUUAUUACUAAUGAAACAGUGAUAGCUAACUGCACAGUUUGAAAGCACUGAUUUAUUCUUUCAUGCUGGUUGAAAGUACAGCCCUUAUUAGUCAAUGUUCCUUAAUACUUUGAGUUCUCACUUUAAAAUGUUUGUUUUCAGACCACGACGCUUGUCUCCUUAUGGCAGCAGCUGUUUCUAUCUGGCCCUGAGAUCCCAUGGAGAAGCUGAGGAGGGGGAUGGCUCUUCACAUCCAUGAAGCCUGGAUACUGCUGUUUGUAAUCCCUGGCUUGGUCACACCAGCUGCCAUCAACCACGAAGACUACCCUGCCGAUGAGGGGGACCAGACCUCCAGCAAUGACAAUCUGAUCUUUGAUGACUACCGAGGGAAGGGUUGCGUGGAUGAUAGUGGCUUUGUGUACAAACUGGGAGAGCGCUUUUUCCCGGGGCAUUCCAACUGUCCCUGUGUUUGUACUGAGGAUGGACCUGUUUGCGAUCAACCCGAAUGCCCUAAAAUCCACCCAAAGUGUACAAAAGUGGAACACAAUGGAUGCUGUCCAGAGUGCAAGGAAGUGAAAAACUUUUGUGAAUAUCAUGGAAAAAAUUACAAAAUACUGGAGGAAUUCAAGCCCUCGCCAUGUGAAUGGUGUCGCUGUGAGCCCAGCAAUGAAGUUCACUGUGUUGUAGCAGACUGCGCAGUUCCCGAGUGUGUCAACCCGGUCUAUGAACCAGAGCAGUGUUGUCCGGUCUGCAAAAAUGGAAGUCCUGAAAUGGCCAGAUUUUAAGGUUGCAGUUAAAAACCCUUCAGUCAAAGUCUAUGCAAUAUGCUGAUUGCUUGUGCAGAUGCAAGCUGAGUGUGGCCAAGACAAAGACGUAUCCCCACACUGGACCUUGCUGGACUCCACAACUCUAUCCAUAGGUCCUGGAGAACGAAGCUGGUAGUGCAGAAUGGCCGUGUCACGCUUAGCUCGUGGUGGAUAAAGCAUUUGUGGAAGACAGAUGGAUUUUUGAGCGCUCAGUUGACCCCAUCGCCACCAACAGCACAUCCCGAUGGCACAUGAGGGCCCAGAGGAGGGAUUUACCCCUCUUCAAGCAGCGUUUGCCCAGCACAUGGGGAUGGGGGAAUGCUUCACAGCCUUAUGUGUGGAUGUAGAGCCUCCAUUCUGAAUCAAGAGUCUUCCAUUUUGGACACCAACAUGAAUUAGGAGCCUUCUUCCAUUUUUGCAGAACUUGUAGAAGCUGCUUUAACACUGUAAUGGCAAAGCCCAUCAAGGCUUCAUGCCUAGCUAUGAAAAUCAAUGCUUUUGAAGCUUGAACAUGGACGAAAAUUCCUGCCACUACAAAGGAUGCUUUUUUGAUUGUUUGUCAGCUAAUGUUCUUUGUGUUUACCAGCAGGAACAUAAACUGUGGUGCCCUGUUAGCUCAAUUAAAGCAGCAAUUUGAUUAGCAACUGAGGAAGAAAGGGAUUGAUUUGAAAGCUGGUAAAAGAUCAAGACUGAAAACAAGGCAGUAUAUUUGGGCUAGGCCGUCAUUGACCUGACAAAAUACUUCAAUGCUUACUUUACCGUUCCUUUAAAAAGAAGUUAUUUCACUGAAAUUGAUUUUCAGUGGUGUUUGUUCACCUCCAUUACUUCGGGCCAAGUGUUUAAAGGCAGAUAGAUGCCAGAUUUUCUGAUGAGAGUGAAGUGCAGAGGUAUCCAUAAAGCCCUGUUGGUUUUGAAAGUCUCACACGGUUGGAUUUUCCAGCUUAAAUAUGCUGCUGACUCAGGACUGUGACCUGUUCCCUGUGGACACCGCUGCUGGAAGCCAUCUAGAAUUGGUGAAGAGCUUUGGAUAAAUCUUCCAAAACUUGCCAUCGAGCGGAGUUGGGCUGAAUAUACCACUUCCUGAAGCUUAGAAGGAGAUGGCAAUAGCUGAAAGCUGCUGUCCUGAAUUUGUACUUAGGAUCCUAAAUGUGUUCCCAUGCCUUCACUUCAAGCAGAGCUUGGAAUGAAUGUCUACCAGCACCCUGAAUGGCAGGAUGGUGAGAAGCCAUUUGCUAGAUGGGACUUGCUCCAAAGCUCUCCUGAAGCCGACACAGAUCAUGGAGGUUUGGGAAACAUGUUAUACAUGGCCUGUGUUGUUCUUCAAACUGAGAUGGCUGUGAAGAAGCAUCUGCUUACCAGGGGUGACCCCUUGGGAAAACGUUGCUGAAAUUUGUGUGCAUGAGUCUAUGGCAGCAGUGGUUCAAGAUCAACUAUCAUCAUAGUGGUAUUUUGCAGAGGGGGUGGGUUGGUUGGGUUUUUUUUGGAGAAGAUCCUAGGCUGAGGUUGGGAACCUGUUGCAGAGCACGCUUGUGAACAGUACUGAAAUCCAAGCAGGUGUGGUUAUUGCUGUUCCCCACUUAAUGGGAUUCUUGGUGUAACACAGAAGACUAAAAGUGAUGUUUUUAUCCAAUUACAUUGCUGUAAACCAUUUUGCUGCAGGAGAAACCUACAGCUAAAUUCUGGGUCUGUGGUACUCGGUGUAACCCCGGCAGAGGGACUGACUCACAUCUACUCCCGCUGAGGAUCUGACCUGCAGUAGCUAAUUUCUCUGGGUGACUCACAGGCAAAUUGCAGAAGACUGGGGUGCUUUGCAUGGUCAGGCUUUCUAAAAGGAUUAGAGAUGGUUUUGCUUUUGCUGCUCUGGAAGGUUGGACUUAUUAAGCAUAUCUGUAUGAGAAGAGAGGCAUGACACUGUCUUCAUGUAUUUCUAAUUUAAUGAAUGUUUAAUGCUUCUUUUAUGGGAGCCAACAUAUAUGUAGAGUAGGGGACUUUAACUAGGGGUUGACUUAUGUCAAAUAAUUGAUGUUUGAGCUGCUCCUUUUACAUGAAAUGCAGACUUUACAGAGCAAAGAGACUGUAAUGAAAAUAUGAAUUAAAGAUUAGAGCUGAGCAAGUCCGAGAAAACUUAGAGCACUUGGAAGUUUUCUUCUCCUGCUUCCCUCUCCUUCCCACCACCUUAUCAGCUGUCUCCAUCCUCUCUGCUCCAUUGGUAGGGUCCCGCAUCUCAGCCAUAGCCUUCUGACUUCCACAUUUACACAUCUCUGCAAAGGAGAUCAGUGCAGUAAUCUCGCUCCAGGUAUUUAUGUGUAUUUGCACAUCAUCCUGGCCUGUUACACUCGCAGACUCACCAGCCAGUUUGGCUGGAGGGGUUAGGAAAUACUUGUGAAGUGCAUUUUUCUUCAUGUCUAUCCCUGAUUUGCCGACAGAGGCUCACAAUUUGUUGCAGCACAUCCUGGUGUGGGUUAAAGAGCAUUAAUUAUAUGUGGUGCAGAGACUGCUUGUGCUGCCUGGAGAAGCCCAGCUGUGCCAUCGGAUGCUGCUGGUCCCUGCUGUCUGGAGAUGCCCUUCUGCCUGAGAACAUCAGCAUCCAUUUCCUUCCACUCCCUUCCUCUCAUACUCUCCCUCUCUUCAUGCUCUUGCUUUGUACUGGGUUGUUCACCCUCUCAGUGUAGGUGUGAGAGCUCAGUGCUUCAGCACAGGUUGCAAAGAGCUUGGCUGGUUGAGGGUAAUUUCUUGGUGUUUUUUUUCUGUUUGUGUUUAGAAAACCAUUGUGCUAUGUUGAUUGGAAUUUAUACCUAAGGUUGAAGAGCUUAGGCUUAGUCAUCAGCAAAUAAAGGUCCAGUGGAAGAGAGGAGAGGAUCCUGUGUUAUUUGCUUUGGCUGGGUUUGUUGGCAUAGUGUGGUUCCUCCUGCCGUGCUAAUUGAACAAAAUUAGGGAUGAAUGGGCAGUGAGUUCACCCACCAGACCCUGAUCAUCAGCAGUGCAUGUGAGGGCUCCCCUGGUUUAUUCUUUCCAGAUAAACUCUAGGAUGUACUCACCCCACCAGUAUCCAAGAUUGCCACACGGAAUUCAGUGGGUAGCUCAAAGGUACGGUACAAUCCCACAACUGUUGUAAGUGGAUGUAUCUCAUUUUGCAUAAAAUAAGCUGUGUUUUCCUCCCAGUUGAAAAUGUUUUGUGACAGCAGUUUUGUUCUGAUAGAGAAGCUCAGAGCUCUUAGAGUAAAUGAAGCAGGAGCUGAUGUACCAAAACCAAAAGCUACGGUGUCAUGUGCAGGGAUGUAUUGUGAGAGAUGGGUCUGUGUGAGGGUGCACACACAGAGUUCUCCGAGAUGCUUCCAUGCUCAGGUUUCCUUUGCUGUAUCUGGUAGCGAGUAUAUGAAGAGGAAGGGGAUGUGCUGGCCAGAAAGUGCUGACUCACGGCACCGUGCCUGGGAGAAAGGCCAAUUACAGCAAACUUGCUGUUCUUAAGCUUAAAAAGAUCAUGGGAAAAAAUGUGGAAUGAUCGGAUUCCCCCAGCUUAAUGCUUCCAGAAUGAACCAACUCUAAUCUGGGAGAAUGAAGAGGGUGACAUGACGUGACUGUCCAUAUAGAUCUUUAUUUUAUCAUAGAGUCACAGAGUGGUUUGAGUUGGAAGGGACCCUUAAAAGUCACCUAGUCCAACUGCCCUGCAAUGAGCUGGUCCCCUGAUGGAGGAGGGGUAGAGACCAUUUCAGAUAAGAAGGACAAAGAUGCAGGGACUUUUUGAUGAUGGAUUAUUUCAGAGAACCUGCUCUCCUUAAAAAAAAAAAAAAAAAAAAAAAAAGUGGGAAAAGA